AAGAACGUGCUCGAAAUCCCCUUCUUACCACGGAAUCUCCCCACGAGGACUUCAACUAUACAUACAGUCAUCACGAAGCCAAGACCACUUCGCCAUGGGUGCAUAUUUCGAGACGAUCCCCGAAUCCCUUAUCCAGUGGGUGCUGGCCCAGAAGGUGUUCUGGGUGUCGACCGCGCCGCUCUCCGCCAAGGGCCACGUCAAUGUGUCGCCGAAGGGGGGCCAUCCAUUCGGCAUCCCCGACCGGAAGACGUUCUGGUACCUCGACAUGACGGGCUCAGGCAACGAGACUAUCUCGCACCUCCUCGAGCCGGAAAACGGCCGCAUCACGGUCCUGUUCAACGCGUUCGAGGGGCCGCCGCGCAUACUGCGGCUCUGGGGCCACGGGCGCGUGCUCGAAGCCGGGUCGGCCGAGUUCGACGCUAUCGUGGCGCGGGAGGCGAUCACGCCGCCGCCGGGGACGCGGUCCGUCAUCGUCGUCGACAUCCACCAGGUCGGCACGUCGUGCGGGUACUCGGUGCCGCUGUACGACUUCCGCGCGCUGCGGACGACGCUCGACGACUUCUUCCGCCGCAAGGACGAGAAGUUCCGCGCCGGCAACGAGAAGGAGAGCAUGGACCGCUACUGGGCCCACAAGAACGCCUACAGCAUGGACGGCCUGCCCGGCGUCCCCCGCGGCCUCGCCGCCGCCCGCACCUUCGCUAUCGAGCCUAUGAAGAAGAUGGUCGGCCCGCUCGCCCCUAAGAACGCCACUACCGCCGCCGGCUGGGGCGUCGCCCGCGCCGGCCUGCUGCCCGAGCACCUCGUCAUCGUCGUCCUCUCGCUCUUGCUCGCCCUCGCCCUCGCGACGCACCCUGCCUUCCAGCACCACGCGCAGACGCGGAUACGCGACAUAGUGCUGCAUGUAAAAUCCAUAUCGGAUCCGUCGCCAAGCGCCGCGGGCAUCCUGAACUGAACGAUCGUUGGCCCGGGGCAGCGUCGGCCCUCACACGGAGGGGUGACUCUCCCGCUUUGGGCCAAAAAGGGAAAUGUCGAGAUCUCGCUUGUUACGGGGAAGAUGUUAGCCUCUUAUUUCUGAGGGGAAAAAACAUUUAGCCCCAAGCGAAGGGGGAAUGUUCCACGACUGCAUAGUUCCCGUCAGGUUUUGAUAUCACGUACGGCCAAGAAGGAGG